AUGGAGGAGCGCAACCUGCUGUGCGUCGCCUACAAGAACGUCAUCGGCGCAGGGUCUCGUGGAGGAUCAUCUCCUCCAUCGAGCAGGAGGAGGGCCGCGGGAACGAGGCGCACCGCGCACGCCGCCUCCAUCCGCGCCUACCGCUCCAAGAUCGAGGUCGAGCUCGCCCGCAUCUGCGACGGAGAUCCCACACCUAUGGUAGAUGAAGGGCGACUACCACAGGGGCCUGAGUUUUUGGUGAUGAUUAGGUCUAAAUUUAAUGAUCUGAUUAGGUCUAAAUUUAUAGAUAAGAUUGAAGGAUAUGAAUUUGUGAUUUAUGGAUUUUUUACCCCCUACUGCACGUAUAUUUUGGUAUCUGAUUUCUCCUCACAAUUAUUUUGCUGGUACCUUGCUGAGUUCAAGUCAGGUGCGGAGAGGAAGGAUGCUGCAGAGAGCACCAUGAAUGCUUACAAAGCUGCUCAGGUUAUCAAGAGCGAAACAUCUAGAAACAUUGAAUUUGCACUUUUGACUAUCCUUAGAUGCGCGGAAAACCCAGCAAAGUAUUUUGCUAAGGUAUGCCAACCUCCGCCAUUUUCAUGGGUUUCCAUUUUCUGGCAAUGGAGUGGGAGGUGCAAGGGUUGUCCUCCUUUCCUGAUGAUUGAUAGGUUUGGAGGCCUAUCAUCAUCUCAGGCAAGCCUUCACUUCUUAGAACCUAUGUUGCAGAUGUCUAUAUGUUAUUAG